AUAAUCAUCACAACAGGACUCCGAUUAUAGCUUUAUUUUAGGGUUUACAAGCGGCAAUGACCUGUUCUGGCUGUAAAGGUCAACCGCACUAGAGGGCGAUUGAGAUAAAAGUUGCUUCAACAGAGUUUUGUUGUGAUAAGUAUUUGAAAAUAACUUUCAUCUAAACAUUGUUCAAAUCAUCUAUGACUUUAGAUCAACCAUGAGAACUUUAUCAUCAUUCUUCAUCUUGUGUCUCGUCUCAUUCAACAAUGCAAUGUUCUAUGACACAACUCCUAGGCUGUAUGACUUUGGACCUGGAACGAUUGGUGCACCAAUGUUAUUUAGAUAUUCAUUUGGCGAUGCAACAAUGGGUCCUCCGUAUGAAUUUCGAUUCAAAUUUGCCCAAUUUCCACAAUAUGAUAAAACCAUUGUCUCAGAUCAAAAUGGUGAAGAUUACGUCGUAACAUUUGAAUCAGCGAAAGCUGGUAACUAUACAGUGCAAAUCGAUGCAUGGUAUUCUCGUCACGGUAUUCCUUUUCAUUGGAUAGGAACUCUUAAUUCUACCUUCCAGCUUACAGAUUCACUAACUGGAACUAUAGCUGUAAAUGAUGAUGCAAGAAAAAAAGUUGUUUUCACUGCAGAGACGUUUAAACUGUCUGCCAUAUUGAGUUAUUAUUUCGGGUUCUUCAACUCAGCUAAUAUGACUUACAAAUGGAUCAUUAAUGAUGAAGUUCAAGAGGAAAGUUCUAAGGUUAUUGUGCAUACUUUUUCCCAGCCUCGACUGAACAACAUUUCAGUGAUUGUUACAGCAACUAAAACCAAUGGAAGUGAUCUUAUACAAAAAUCUGGUACAUUCAGCACUACAUUGGAAAGUAAAGAUCCAAUUACUAACUUUACUGUUGAUGGUCCCACCGAGGUUAAAGUGUUUGAAAGACUUCAACUGGACUGCAAAAUUCAUGGUGGAACACCUCCAUUUGAAUUCGAUUACUUUUUUUGGAUUGAUAAUCCUUACAGCGAACAUAUUAAUGUUAUUAAGCCUUCGAAUGAAAGCCUUUUCUCAUUAAUCAGAUAUUUCAGUGCAAAAGGAAAAAGAAGUCUAAAAAUUGUUGCUAAAAAUGAUGUAUCUUCAAUUACAAAAUGGAUGGACAUUUCAGUCUAUUAGUCUAAAGAACGCAAUUUUUACCACUCGAGAAAUCUUGGUAAGGAUUUACAUGGUUUCUGAUGUUACUUUUCAGAAAAGAUGAAUCUCUUCUAAAAUACUAGGUCAGACGAUCGCUCACCGAAAGCGGAUUGUGCUAAAAACAAAGUCAAUCAUCAUUUAAUAGAGUUAUAUAUUUUUCUAUGCAUCAGAAUAAAAAAUUAAUUAACAAUUAGCGAAAUCACAUACGAGUUCGAAAAAACUGAUUAAUCAAAACAUCAAUUUAUUAAAUGUAAAUUUCAAUAACCAGCUCAAUAAUGUCACUUUUGUAAUAUUGCGAUUGACAUCUGAUUGAUAAUCAUUAUUGUUGAAAUUCAAUUUGAGUGUGGAGUAAAUUGUUAAAUUUAUUCAUUAUAAAAGCGCAUUUUUUACUCAUGAAUACAAAUCAGAUAGA